AACAUGCGGGUUCAGUGAUGCGGAUACACUCAUCGAAUGAAUCCCACCCACAUAUGUGCAGUGGGUAUAUAAUCGCAGGCUCUGACUUUUGAUCAUCAGUUACUGAAAGUUUCUCUGUGAAGAUUUGUCGACUAAUCCCGUCGAAGAAGCAACCAUGAUGUGCAAAGUUUUGAUUCUGGCUCUGGCUAUCAUGGCUGUCGCUGCUAGGCCUCAGCACGGAGGCCAGCCCGGAAGUCUCCCGAAGGAGACUGUUGUCAACGGAGUGACUUAUCCAGAGCUCCCACUGGACGGCUCAGACUGCCAAGUCGGGGUGACUUACCACCACUUUGGCAAUCUCUGCGAGUGUAAACCGGAGCACGAAGUCUCCUGCAGACGCAUCAGGAGAAACUAAAAAUCUGAAAAACUCACCAUACGAUAUCACCAACUCAAUCAGCUAAUUCCCAAGCAUUCCCCGACACCAACGAAGAUAUUACCACUAAACGUUCACCUAACAGUGAUGAAUUGUUCGAAAACUUGAAUCGCGACUCGAAAUAAAAGCAUUAAAAAAUCUGAAUAACGUCUGCAAACAAUUAUUUGAAGUUCUCCAACCCUUCCCUAUCCACCGAGCGAGCAACCACUGUCCCACACCUCCGCAAGAUGUCUCCCUCCCUCAUUAAACCCAAAUCCAUAAUCCUCCUGUCACCGCCGUGCACCUUUCUCCAGUCCGUGCAAUCGUCGACAUUCCAGUGUCUUUAUUUUUCCCGUUAAGAAAUAACCCAAUAAAAAAAUGUGAAAAAACCCAAUGUAUCGUGACUCUAUGAAUAAAGCCCCGUGAUAUCAAAACGUGACUAUCCCCGAGAAUUAACAAGUGCCUGUGCUAUUUACACUGUGUACCAUUAACCAAGGAUAAAUCCGCAAAAAAAGCAUAACUGAAUCCGUAAUAAACCAUUUAUGCGAUUGCAAAAUGGCACGUACGGACAGCUGUCGUGCCGGAGCGCGUUGUACGCACUAUUACGUACUUAAGACACGAGGAAAGUAGCGAUUUAUUCCGGAAAAUACGUGAAAUAAGGGGCUUGUAGACCGCUAAAACCGCACCCAGAAAAUAACGGAGACGACGGAGUCUGUUAAUGCGUAAAAAUUGUCAGAAGUAAAUAGACGCUCGAGGGAUUACGUCCAAGUGUCCACUCCGGGGAAAUAAAAAAAAUUGUUCUUAGUAUUUCAAAGGCUCCAGUGGGCGGUGAAUUACAUUCCAAUUUGCAACAAUCUGAAUUUGCAUUACUUGCGAUGUGUGCUGUGACACUUGGGAGAGCCUCCGGAGGAGUGAUAGGAACCCCAGUGAACAGACACUUGUGAAUUUUUAUGAGAUUGACAGGGGAGCUGAGAAAAAAGCUGAUUAGACCUUUUACCUGGAUUGUAAUUGCUCCAUCGGGGGUUAAUUGAAAAAUCAAGAUGUGAAAUUUAAACGUCUGCUGUACAUCAAAACCCAGCGAUAUCAAAGAAACUAAAUCCCCAAGACAAAAAUAAACCCCAAACAAUCAUGAAACUUGUGCCAGCAAUUUAUCUCGGAUCGACGGCGAUAGACCGUCGAUUCAGCAGUCCAAUGUUACCCUGGAUCACAAAAGAAAUCAAGAGAAGGAGUAAUCACCAGCGAGUAAAUCUACUAGUGGCAUCUGGAUACAUAUCAGCGUACAAGAGUGACAAGGAGCAGCCACUGUUCCGGCACUCGCUGAGUGGCUCAUCCAAGCCCCAACCAGUGGCUGCAAACUCCCAGGAUGCCAAGGGUGGCAAUUUCCUCUACCUUAUCAAAGGCGACGAUGGCCUCUAUUAUUAUCAUCUGUUCAAGGUCGAGAAUGCCGAAACGGUACACGAAUUAUUCAGCGCCAUGAAGGAGCAAUCGUCCUUGUCCAGGGUCGACAGGGACAGGGACCUCCAGAGGUCCAACAGUAGUGCCGCUGCCCUGACAACAAUUGGCGCUGACAUAUCACCGAGUUCAUCCCACUUUUUUGAGGUACUUUACGUUGGAAAAAUAAAGUUGUCUCAUCAGAAGGUCCCCGAGUCGUUCAUUGACGAUGCUCUUAUGAAGUUCAAGGCUCAUGGCCUUGAGAAGUCUAAAUCAACAGCGGGUAAUCUGCUUGCCGAGUGUCAGCAAUUACGUAGGCAGGCUCAUCUUGCUGCCAGUAAUGAGAAUCGGAGGGAUAGUGGGGAUUCGUCAACAAGUGAUCUGGGCAGCAGUGACAACGUCUCAGGCCCCAGUAUAAUCUCCCCAACGAGUCCCCUGGGAAUAACCACACUCGGAGGCUCUGUGGAGUCCCUCCCCCCGCCCCCCACCGAGACGCGCGAAAGUUCCCAAGCAAAGAAAAUCGUAAAUGCAACAAUGCAACCACCUGAUAUGAUGAGAAAUAGAGCGGCCUCAACAGGCAGUGUCCUAGGGCCCCGAAGAGGCUCUUCAUCCAAGGGAAAUGACGAUCACAAUCGUACAAUGUUAUUCCAGGUUGGCCGCUGUGAUCUCAGGCUCAUAAGCCCCGACAGAAAAGGCGUUCUGUUCCACAAACAGUUAAAGGACAUUGCGAGUUGUGUCCAAGGCCUGAAGAACCCCGAGCACUUUGGAUUCAUCUGUCGUGAGGUGUCUGCCGAGUGUUUCAUCGGUUACAUCUUCAAAUGCCAGUCAGCCUCAGUGGCUGAUGAUCUUGUUGGUGCUAUAACCCAGGCAUUCAUAGCAACUUGCAACGGUGCGAAAAAAGAACGUCACACAAUACUCCAGUGUGAGCACUGUCCCAUGGUGUGGUACAACAAUCUUUGUCAAGCAAUCGAGGGUCAGGGGGACAGAAAGACCCAGAGUAUAAUAUUCACUCGUAUGGAGCUCCUCCCAGAGGACGAGCAGGAGAUCGUUGUGACGAAAUACAAAGGUGCUGAGGCUGCUGGUGGCUCUGGUCGUGAGUUCAGUUUACGCGAGCAAAAUCAAUUUCUUAUGAUGCUGUUACGUGCCCACUGUGAGUCCAAGCAAUCACGACAUGUUCACGAUACAGCUGAACAGAGGAGUGAAUUUUUGAAUCAAUAUCUGAGCGUUGGAGUGGGCAGCACAAUAUUCAUGAAGGCCAAGAGAUCCUUAACGAACUCCUUCGAUCAUCUGAUGAAAAGAAAGGGUUCGAGGGAUGAUUUUGGACUGAAUUCACACGUGAGGGAUAACAAUGCCUCAAGGAGUGAGAGAGGCAGCCCUGUUGGAUCGAUGCCUGGGAUGAUGGGAGAGGUAACACCAGAGUCCAAUCGUCCCAGGUCCCUGAGGGUCUCCCCUGAACAACAGUUGGUGGUUAACACAGGACCAAAGAGCCCCAUGAUGGAUAUAUUCCUGAAAGUGGGUAAUUCACCAAAGAUGUCGCCCACUGAGGCUGAAGACAAUACACGAUUGCAGUCCAACAGUUCUUGGAGGCAAGCAAUACUCAAUCGAGUUGUCACACCUGGAAAGGACCAGGAGGCUAGGGACGACAAAAAUACGAGGGAUAAAGUACAAGUGACACCCAAGAGAUCCAAACAGGAGUUACGAGAAUUAUGGAAGAAGGCGAUCAAUCAACAGGUGAUUUUAAUAAGAAUGGAGAAGGAAAAUACGAGACUCAGGGUGAGGCAGGAGGAGGCGACAAUGAAGAGGAUAAAACUGGAGUACGAUGAGUUGAGUAGUUGUGCUAGGGAAUUGUCAGAGGUAUGGGAUUUGCUUGUGAGCAAGGAGAGCAGGAUCUCAACAAAGUGCGACAAUCAGAUGCUUCUCCAGGCGAUUAAACAGGGGGUGCCCAGGGGCAAACGAGGGGAUGUCUGGCAUUUUCUCGCUGAACAGUUUUGCCUGAAAAUGCCACCUAUCGACACCGCAGACUUUCCUAAUUACAACACACCUUAUGAUUUACUUCUCAAACAACUCACCUCUCAGCAACACGCCAUUCUGAUUGAUUUGGGCCGAACGUUUCCCAAUCAUCCUUAUUUCAGCUCACCCCUUGGUCCAGGUCAGCUCGCUCUGUUCAACCUGUUGAAGGCGUAUUCUCUGCUGGAUCACGAGGUGGGCUACUGCCAGGGCCUCAGCUUUGUAGCUGGAGUUCUUUUACUUCACAUGUCUGAGGAUCAAGCCUUCUUCCUACUCAGACACCUCAUGUUCAGGCGAGGACUCAGAAAACUUUACUUACCUGAUAUGGCUGCACUCCAGCUGCAUCUCUAUCAACUGUCUAGAUUACUUCACGACAGGUUACCCUCGAUUUACUCUCACUUUGAUAAACACGAGGUGUCGCCAACGCUCUACGCAGCCCCCUGGCUACUCACUCUCUUCGCCAGUCAAUUCCCCCUGGGUUUUGUCACCAGAGUAUUCGAUCUUCUGUUCCUCGAGAGUUCGGAAGUCAUAUUCAGAGUGGCUCUCGCACUGCUGGAGGAGCAUCAGGAUCAGCUGCUGAUGUGCGACAGCUUCGAGGAGAUCAUGGAGUACCUCAAGGUGACAGUUCCAGCUGUCGACAAGGCCAUCCUGGAUCGUGUCAUGAAGAGGGUCUUCUACCCGGAUCUGGAGAUCCCCAAGCAGUUGAAUGAGUACAGAGUCGAGUAUCAAGUCCUCCAGGAGGAGAUGUUGUCCGUCAAACCUCAGAUCGAGAACAUGGAGAAACUGGAGUUGCUGAAUAAACAGCUGACCCAGCAGAAUGCCCAUCUCACCUCACAACUGGAGAUUGCUGUGAGCAAUCUUCAGCGUCUCGAGAGCACCAGAUCCUCCCAGCAGCUGUCAGUUCACAAACUGGAGUCGCAGAAUCGAAGUCUGGAGGUGACAGUUGCCACUCUGGGCUCCUUCAUACAACAAUUGGCUGAGACUAGGACUGAUAUUGAAAUUCCGGGCGAUGUGAGGAGGAUAAUAGCACAAUUCAGUGUUGCUGAGAAGCGUCGGAGUAAUAGCUCCAAGUCAUUUCCCCUGAAGGUGAUUGAGGAUAAUAACAAUCGGUAUGAGCCCACCAAGAGCAACUCCACGGGACGAGACUCGAAAAUAUUCCUCAAGGGCAAUAUGGAACCCCCUUAUCCACUUAAAUCUGCCCUCAGUCAACCGAAUCUUGGGACGAAGCUGGAGAAAAUGUCGUCGUUCUUUGCUAAUUCUCAUAAUCAUAUUAAACAGCAACGAGCGCAAAUGGCAGCUUUGAGGAACGAGAGCAUUGGUGAACACACACUUAAUAAUAAUGACGAGAAUGAUCCCAAGACAGUUAAUAUUGACAUACAAAUCACUGACACUGUCAAUACGACAAUCGACAAUGUUAUACAGAGUGACAAUAAUUUGAAGAUUGAGACUGGGAGUCUGGAGAAAUCUACCUCGUUGCCGUUGAAUGCUAAAAUGAAACUCAAACCUACAAAGUCUGCUUAUGAACUUGGAUCUGUCAAGAAAAUUCCCACUACCAAGUUGGAUGACAGUAAUGACACUGUCUCGAGUAUUGGAACAGUUCAUCCACUGGACACUUGCAGCGAUGUUAACUUCAAGUAUGGGGGAACUACGAAAUUAAAGUGCAUAAAACCGGUGAGGCUGUCCAGUCAGGGGCAGAAUGAGAGCCUUAGCAAGGAGCUGCAGAGCCAAAAUCCGGAAAUUCUUACUAGAUAACACAUGGUACUUGUCACGAUUAAUGAGGAGUGAAUCGUUGGAUGGAGAUUCCGCGAUUUGUGGAGUCAUUGUGUCAAUUAUGAUAGGUCUGUCUUCUAAAUUUAUUUCUUUGGCUUUUUUUUUUGUGGAUUAGAGUGAUUUUUGGAGAAGGGGUAAUCACGAAAUAAAUUGUACGAGUAUUUCAAGGGUUUAAUGUUUCGAGGAUUCUGAAAUAUUUUUUCGAAUUCCCAGGAUUUAAUGAAAUGUUGAGAAAUUUCAAGAUUUUGAAUAUUGUAAUGAAUUUCUAAAGACAUUUCUGAAAAUUGUGAAGAUGUAAUGAAAUUUUUGAUUUUUUUUUCGAUAUUUUCGAUAGUUCAAAAAUUUUCAUUCAAUAUUUAGUAUGAAUUCGCCGAAUUUUACGAAUGAUUACCCUCUCUCCCAUCAUUGUUAUUCCCCAGAGGACAGAUUCUUCAUUACUUUCGUCCACACGCGUCCAUAUUAUCCCGUACUGGUGAGAAUCAUCGAAUGAACUGCACGAUUAUAACAUUGAAAACAGUAUUUAAUUGGGUAGAAUCCGGUAUUAAGUUCUAGUGGAUUAAAAAAUCUUGUACUUUAAUUAUUCUCGAUUAUUGAAGAUCACCUGAAUCAUUAAAUCGCACAAAAUGAAUUAACGGGUUUAUUUUUUAUCAGUCUUCUUCGUCAGUGAUGAAAUAUAAUAUAUCAAGAGUAGAAAUUUCUAAAUGUGAAGAGAAUAUCACGAUGUCUUGCCUAUGUAAUAGACUUAAUAGAAAGUUCUAUUGAUAAAUUGAAUGUAAACUGAUUCAACUUUGGAUCUCUCUAUGCAGUGUGCCAAUUAAACAAUAUAUUGUACAUUUAUAAAUUAUAUGAGAACAGUCCAUCAGGGAAGCAAUAGUAGCACGACUAUCACAUCUGUGAAUGCUCACAGAAAUUUUUGAAACGUCAAAUUGGAAGUAAUUGUCAAUCGAAACAUUACACAUCUCUAAAUGACUGCCAAAUUUAAAUAACACCCGGAAUUAUUCAAAAAAUUAGGUUUAAAAUUUAUUCAGUACUUAUCGUUGAUUAACUUAAACACUGUAGUACAAAUCAUAUGAGAAUAAAAUAUAGUUCAGUAUUCGAUGGAUGUUUUACUGGAAAUUGCGUAAACAAUGAAAUAACGUUGAAUGUCAAAGUUGAGGAAAAGUUGAUUCAUUGGCCCAUUUUUUUUCAUGGAAAGAGUAAAUAACUGUAGAGAGAAGUUAUUUAUAUUUUCUAGUACUUAGAUUUAUACCAUUCUAGGUGACAUAGCAGUCGUGUAUUUAUGAGGGGUCAUUAAUCCGCGAGGAUCAAUUGUUUACGUGUUUAAAGAAGAAUUCUAAUGCUAUAGUUGCCAGUGAUGAGCCACUAUCACAGCCCGUACUUGAUCAGUGUACAUAAAUUAAAGAUUAACAUACAGAUGUAAGGAAUAGAUUUAGUGCAGUAUAUGUGAUGAAAUUGUAUCGAAGGUUUUCUCAUGGAAUUUAGGGAGAGUAGGGCAUGCAGUAGGUGAAUGUUUCGUUUAAUUCUUCGGUCCAUCAUUGAUGAAGUAAUUACUGAAAAUUCUCGAUUCACUUCCACAAAUGCUUCCUAGGUACAUCAUUGUUGGUGAGGGACAAGAAAUUCCUCUCGCAGGUGAAAAGACGUUAGAAAAAAAGAAUCCAGUCUUGUUCAUAGUGAUACUAGAGUAGUGAGCAAUUUCCAUUGAACUGGAAAUGGUGAUAAGAUGUGACGAUGAGGAUAAAUAUUCUCCCGUCCACAUUUAUUAAAAUCUUUCAUUUUUUAUGGAAAAUAUCAUUAAAAUGCCAGUAAAAUGUAUCGAUUUAUUUUAAGGUAAUUUGUAAGAUGAAAUGGAUAAUAUAUACCCUAUUUCAAUGCUUAAUGCAGAUCAGAAGAAUUACAUAUGUGAAUUAUGUCUUCAAUAAAUUAACAUCAAAUGUGAAUUUUAA